UUUGUAUUUAUAAAACAAGAACUCCCUUAAACUCAGUUCCACCUAUCCACUUCCUCACCCUUGAGUUUCACACACUGAAAAAACCCAGUAAUAGCGCAGGGGGGGGGAUGCAAGACAUACGGUGCUUCUCAAACGACGUCGUCCACCUCCACUUGAGUUCCUCUAUGACCAACUCGUCUUCCUUAUCGAUGGAGCUGGACGAAUCCACGGAGACCCGAAUCCAAAGGCUGAUAUCGGAGCACCCGGUGAUCAUCUUCACGCGAUCCUCCUGCUGCAUGUGCCACGUCAUGAAGAAGCUCCUCGCCACCAUCGGCGUUCACCCCACCGUCAUCGAAUUGGACGACCACGAGAUCGCCGCCCUCCCUCUCUCCGACAACGCUCGCGCCCCCGCCGCCUUCAUCGGCGGCACCUGCAUCGGGGGUUUGGAGUCCCUCGUCGCCCUCCACGUCAGCGGCCACCUCAUCCCCAAGCUCGUUGAAGUCGGUGUUCUCUGGGUAUGACUAUGACCAAUAUAUAUCAUUAUCAUUCCCAUAAUUUUUAUAUAAAUAUAAAAUAUAAUAUGCUAUAAUUGCUAGCCUACCUAGCUAUUAUUAUUUCGGG